AAGCACCGGAAGUCGCGUCGGACAUACGCGUGGAAUGCAACAGCGACGAAAUGGUCGUAAGCAUCGGCACGAAGACGGGACGUUUCAACGGUAUGAUCUAUCCAAGAGGACUCUCCAAGAACAGCACCUGCAUGGGCGAAUGGGUUCAGAGGAAGGCACCCAUCAAGUACACACUUCCAUUAAGAGGUUGCAACACGAUGAGCACCGAAUUGGACGACGGCGGCAUUGAAUACUUCAACACGAUCGUGGUCCAACCUCAUCUGAAAUUAGUCACGAACCAAGGCAAGGGUUUCCACAUCAGAUGCAGAUACAACACCAGGAACAACACGAUAACGAACACCAUCCAAUCCAACGAUAACCUGAAAGUAGAUUUGAUGCAAGCUGAUCCGGUGACGGCAUCCGCCACGAUCCCCGGCUGCACCAUGAAAAUCUUCUCCGGCGAUUCGGAUAUGAAGGAGGUGGCUGAAAACGUGAAGAUCGGAGAUCCGCUCACCCUUCAGGUGACCAUCGAUCCUCAAGAGGUGUUCGGCAUUCGCAUCACCGAUUGCUUGGUUCGGGACGGUUUGGGCUGGGGCGAGCAGAAGCUCAUCAACACUGACGGAUGUCCUCUAGAUCCGGAGAUCAUGGGCAUGUUCCAAUACUCCGUGGAGAAGACCAAGGCCGUCGUCAACUUCCAAGCGCACAAAUUCCCGUACAGCCCUUCGGUCUACUACCAAUGCAACGUCAAGUUGUGCUUGAAAUCUGACGGUGGAUGCGACAACUUAACGCCUCCAAACUGCGGGGGAAACAGAUUACGUAGGCAGGCGGUCAACGGUGGAGGUGGUGCUGUUGAAUCCAGCGAAGGGACACCAGCUACCAUCGAGGUGUACAGCGGUCUUUACGUGAACGAAGCCAAUGACCUUUCCAAAGCUGGCUUGGACGAGGAUUCCGUCUACAGUGAGAAGACUCCGGAGGAUAGCAUCUGCAUCUCCCAGAAGAGCUUCGCUAUCGGCAUCUGCAUAGCCGGUCUUGUUCUGAUGCUGUGCGUGAUCGCUGCUAUCCUCUUCCUUCUGGCUAGGAGGAGACACAAGAAGACCACAUCGAAUCCGAGCAGCUCCAUCUACAGUGGUCCUUACACCAACACCGCCUACAGUCAUAGCAGUUAAACGAUAGCAAGAAGAAAAACGAAAUUUUCGAAUACUUAUAGGUGCCAUUCCAAUCAAACAAUCAAUCAAACAAUCCCCUAUCCUCAAACAAAGUCCUUAAUACUACGUUUUUGGCACUAGCAGAAAGUUAACAUAACUGAAAACGAAAACCUCAAAGUUUCCUAAAUAAUUUAUAUACACACAACUUUUAAAACGCGUGAUAUAAUAUUUAAUUAAUUCUCCUCCUUCCUUGGGUCCGGUGAUGGGUAAACAGAAUAUUUAAAACAAUACUCUAAAACAAAAAAGUAAUUAAAAAGUAAGCGAAUAAGCAGAACGAAUGUAAUGGAAUUUUGGUGAAUCCAAUUUUCGUGAAAAUUCGAAUUCGGUUCACCAAAUUUUCUUUUUGAGUUUAAAGCUACGGGGAUUUUCGGAGGACUUCUCUGAGAAUCCCCGUCGCCGAAGAUUCUGAAUCACAGUCACAACAUUUCUCUUGGCAGACGGACAAUAAAUUCUGUAAAUAUUCACUCCUGACGCUGUCAAAUGUUGCUCUGGUUCACUAUCUGUUCCUCUUUAAUCAUUUUACGUUUUUCUUAUAGAUAUUAACGAUAUCAAUUAACAAAAAUAAUCAAUGAAAUGUUAAUCAAAAGUUUUUUUUUAAUAUAUAUAUAUAUACGAAAAAAAACGGUGCUUAAAUAGAGAUGAACAUGAAAAGAAAGGAACAUGU